UGAAAACGAGCAAGAUGGGAGACGGUAUCCGAGGAUUCCUCAACCACACAAAGGAGAACGUAAUGCUGACUGAUACUGAAGGCUGGGAUUCUGGAUUAUACAUGAACCAAGGAUCCACUGAACCUGUCUGGCAAGCCUUUCCUUGACCUUCAUAAGGACGUGGCCCUGCUCAGAUUUCACCGAGUUGGCCUUCAGCCCCUCUGCUCUGAAUGGACACAUUUCCGGCGUGAUCCUGUCCCAAUGCCUCCUAACUCAGACCUCCCCGGGCAGGCCCCAGUGUAACCAGUCCUGGGGAAAGCGUGGCAAAGCCAUGGGGAGCAUCUACCAGUUCUACUUCAACAAGGAAAAGAUCCUGGAGCACUACAACUUCACCAAGGACAAGCUGGAGAAAGAUGAGUCCACUUCGCUGAAAACCAUCCCCAUCAUCAUCAUCGUGCUGUGCUGCUUCAUCAUCCUGGAGAACCUGCUGGUGCUGGUGUCUGUCUGGCGGAACAAGAAGUUCCACUCAGCCAUGUUCAUCUUCAUUGGCAACCUGGCCUUUUCGGACCUGCUGGCCGGCUUGGCCUUCAUUGCCAACAUCGUACUCUCAGGCCCGGCCACCUUCUCCCUCACCCCGGUGCAGUGGUUCGUGCGGGAGGGCACGGCCUUUGCCACGUUGGCAGCCUCGGUCUUCAGUCUCUUGGCCAUUGCCAUCGAGCGGCACGUGGCCAUCACCAAAGUGAAAGUCUACAGCAGCGACAAGAACUGUCGGAUGGUGCUCCUGAUCGGGGCCUGCUGGGUCAUCUCGGCAGCCAUUGGUGGGCUGCCCAUCCUUGGCUGGAACUGCUUGCUGGACCUCAAGGAGUGCUCCACAGUCCUGCCGCUUUACUCCAAGCGCUACAUUGUCUUUGUGGUGACCGUCUUCACGGCCAUCCUCUUUGCCAUCGUGGUCCUCUACGUCCGGAUCUACCGCAUCGUCCGCUCCAGCCAUGCCGAGAUGGCCGGCUCCCAGACUGUGGCCUUGCUCCGCACGGUCACCAUUGUCCUGGGGGCCUUCAUCAUCUGCUGGCUGCCCGCUUUCACCAUCCUCUUGAUAGACACUUCAUGUACCAGGAAGACUUGCCCCAUCCUUUACCAAUCGAAAUACUUCUUUGCCUUUGCGACCCUCAACUCCGCCAUCAACCCCCUCAUUUACACCCUCCGCAGCAAGGACAUGAGGAAGGAGUUCCUACGGGUGCUCUGCUGCUGGGGGAUGAUGGGGCAAGGGAAGCCUGCAGAGCGGUGUAUGAUUCCCCUCCGCAGCUCCAGUUCUUUGGACCGGUGCACCCAGAAACAGGACCUGACCACGUCACCUUUCAUGAAGAAGGAGAAUUCCACGUUUGUGUGAAGAGACACGAGGAAGGGGGCUAUGGGGUGGACGGGCACCGGGAAAGACGAGUGGGUUUGGACCCAAGAAAGCGGUACAAAGGUGGUGUGGUACGUAGUAUGACAUUUUUGUCCUGGGAGCCAGAUCAUCCUGCCUCGGACUUAUGUGGAGGUGUCCAUUUCUUCACUAGACCUACACAGUAUUAUAACUUUCUGUUCGAUACCCGUGUGUGUUUGUAUAGGUGUGUAUGAGAGACUGACUGACUUGAAGUGUGGGAACCGGGUAGCUGCUGUGCUACUGCCAGUCCGAUUCGGUACGAUUCUCCUCCUUCCUAAUAGCUGCCUAUCUGCACACCCACGCUUCCUUCUGCCCUGCAUGUCAGAGCCAUGCUUUUGGGAUUCCCCAUCUUUGCAGAACACUCCCUCCCUCCUCCCAGGGAAGCAGCGUUCAGCCACUCGAAUGGGCUUGGCUCUCUGCCUGAGCAGCGCCUACACUCUUACCUUGGUUCUAAUUUGGCUUUGGAACAUUUUUUAGGAAA